AUGUACGUCGACGAUUUACUUACAGGCGCAUCAACUAUUGAAGAAGUUCGGAUGUUACGCAUUGAAAUCGCUGACCUGCUCGAAUGCGGAGGUCUUCUCCUACGUCAAUGGGCAUCAAAUGACCUGCGUGUGCUCGAAGGACUUCCAGACGAGCAUCUCAAUCGCACUAUCUCAUUAGACAAGGAACAGCCACUUAAGACAUUGGGAAUUCUCUGGAGCUCAACGGAAGACGCAAUAAAAUACUCCGUUCAGAAUAUACAUACUGAUAUGUUUAGCACAAAACGAAAAAUUUUGUCGGAAAUUGCGAAGAUUUUCGACCCAUUGGGAUUACUCGGCCCAAUAAUAUUGUAUGCGAAAUGUUUAAUGCAAAAACUCUGGCUCCUUAAAUUAGACUGGGACGAAUCCGUGACUCAAAAUAUUCACACGGAGUGGACUACGUAUUGCGAAGAAUUGCACAUCCUUUCCACGUGGUCGUACGAAAGACACGUAAUUUUACGUGAAGCAUGCGAAGUGCAAUUACAUGGUUUUUGCGACGCCAGUGAGAAGGGGUAUGGAGCCUGCAUAUAUCUUCGAUCGAUCGAUCGAUCCGGUAACGUAGCAUGUAGAUUACUCUGCUCGAAAUCUCGAGUAGCACUACUCAAACAAUUAACCAUACCACGUUUGGAGUUGUGUGCAGCUCAAUUACUCACAAAGCUAUAUAAUCAUGUCUACGAAACGAUCGACAUCAAAUUCAAUAAUGUAUAUCUUUGGACUGAUUCAACAAUCACGUUACACUGGAUAAAUACCUCUUCCCAUAAAUUAAAAACGUUUGUAAGCAAUCGCGUGGCAGAAAUACAGGAAAAAACAAAUCCUGAUGAUUGGCGACAUAUCCCAUCGGGUGAUAACCCUGCAGAUCAACUUUCUCGCGGGCAAACCCCGAAAAACUUCGUUAAAAAUAAUUUAUGGAAGAAGGGACCUCAAUGGUUAAACAAUACUGAAUCGUCGUGGCCAAGGAAAAUGAUUCACGUUCCAGAUGAUAUCCCUGAACUCAAAAAAAUAUGCUGUCUAGUUACAACCACCGAAUGCGAAUUGUUUAGUAAGUUUUCGUCAUUCUCUAAGUUGAGACGCAUAAUAGCAUAUUGCUUACGAUUGAAAAGGGAUAAUCACUACAAGGGUAGCUUAAAUGCAGAGGAGUUGAAUCAAGCGGAAUUAAAAAUCGUCAAACUCGCACAAGGAGCGGAAUUCAAGCAAGAACUUCAGGAUCUCAACGACAAUCAUAACAUAGCGAAUUCAAGCAAAUUGAAAACGUUGAAUCCAUUUGUCGACGAGGAAGGAAUAUUACGAGUGGGAGGAAGACUAAAAAAUGCACAAUUGCCAUACACGCAGAGACAUCCAGCACUGUUGCCUCGAUCUCAUCGUAUAACCUCACUCAUCAUUGAACAUCAUCACCAACAAAAUUAUCAUUCGGGAAUCCAAACGACGCUAUAUGCGAUACGGAGACAGUAUUGGAUAAUUGACGGGCGCAGUCAAAUAAGAAAGGUUAUACGGAAUUGCAUCACUUGUUUUAGAGCCAAUCCAACGACCGCUGCGUAUACUAUGGGAAAUUUACCCUCCCUCCGGGUCACAGAAGCAAGACCUUUUUCGAAGGUCGGAGUCGAUUAUUGCGGUCCCUUUUUCAUCAAAGAAAAGAAACACCGCAAUCGAGGUAAAAUCAAAGUAUACGUUGCAGUGUUCGUGUGUCUUGUGGUCAAAGCAGUACAUUUGGAAGUCGUAAGCGAUUUGACUACAGACGGAUUUCUCGGGGCGUUGAGGAGAUUCAUUUCCCGCCGAGGGAAACCUAUUUUUAUGCAUUCCGACAAUGGCACCAAUAUUGUAGGAGCGAAUAAUGAAUUGAAAGAACUUUACGCACUUUUCCAUUCGACAGAUCAUCAACAAAAAACGACGACAUAUCUUGCAGAGCGGGGGAUAACGUGGAAAUUCAUUCCACCACUCUCACCAAAUUUUGGAGGUUUGUGGGAAUCAGCGGUCAAAUCAUUCAAGCAUCAUUUUAAACGCGUGAUGUAUAAUGUAUUACUCACAUUCGAGGAAUUUAAUACGUUCGCGAUCGAAAUCGAAGCCAUUUUGAAUUCCCGUCCAUUAUGUCCAUUAUCAACCGAUCCUAAUGACCUCCUGGUUCUCACCCCUGGACAUUUCCUGAUAGGUGAUUCAUUAACGAGCUUGCCUCAACCGGAUUAUUCCUCGACGCCGGAAAAUCGUUUAUCCCAGUGGGAACACUUAAAAAAAAUGCGUCAAGAUUACUGGAUCAGGUGGUAUAAAGAGUUUCUGAACGAACUAAACACUCGAUCCAAAUGGAACAAGAAUCAACCUCCGGUAAAAAGGGGCGAUCUCGUUCUCCUAAAGGAUGACCAUCUACAACCAAUGCAAUGGGCAAGGGGUCGAGUCAUCGAGACACAUCCUGGAACUGAUGGAGUAACGAGAGUUGUUACGGUUAAAACGAACAAUAGUGAAUUUAAGCGGAAUGUUCAACGACUUGCUCCAUUACCAAAUAUUGGAAAAGACUCUAUGUAG